AUGACCGAACCUCUUCCUUCCCAACAACCUGCCAACGGCUCGCAAGAGCAGCAGCGAUCUUCCGUCCCUCCUUCCUCUGCGCAACCACAGUCAUCUAUCGAAACGGCAGAUACCGCUAUUAAGCCCGAACCAGAUUUGGACGCAUCCAUCGAGCAGGAUAUCGACAUGAGCGCGGAUCAAACAGGCGCGGGAGCCGAGGAGAGCGCCGGAGCACUUGCGACGGAGGUGGAUCAGCUGGCUGAGUCGGCCCAGCCCAGCAAGAAAGAGACCAGUUUGCGCGAAUUCCUGGGUAAAAUGGAUGAAUAUGCGCCGAUCAUCCCCGACGCUGUCACAGCGCAUUACCUCACUCUCGCUGGCCUCCCACCCCCCGGCACAGGCCCGAAUCAAACACCACCUCACCUCGCCCGCCUCCUCGCCCUCGCCACUCAAAAGUUUGUUUCUGACAUCGCUGCCGACUCAUACCAGUUUGCUCGCAUCCGAGCCUCCAACAGUUCCUCCGCCAACAAUCCCAUGGGCAGUCUGACCACCGCGGCGGGUGGUCCCGCCGGCGCAGGUGCCGCGCCUGGCGGUGUUACCGGCGGCGAGGGCGCAAAGGGUGGUAAGGGUAAUACCCAUCUGGGUAUUCAGCGUCCUGGAUUUGGAGGUGGUGGUUCCGGUGGUUCUGGGCAGGGACGGACUGUGCUUACGAUGGAAGAUCUGGGUAUGGCUGUUUCGGAGUAUGGGGUCACUGUGAAGAGGGGAGAGUUCUAUCGGUAA